AUGGAGAUCAUCAAGAGCAUCCUUCGCUUCGUGCAGCUGCUAUGGGUGAUUCUCAUCACAGCGCUGAUCGGCAACGUGAUUGCCAGCAACCACUACGGCCAUGAGUCGUCUAUCAACUACUCGCUCUUCGCUGUCUGCAUGGCGUGGCUGGCGCUGAUCUUCGGUCUCGCCACCAGUCUGACGGGCGGCUCGUUCAGUGACGGCAUCUUCGGAUACGUGGCACUUGCGCUGGACGCGCUGGCCACGCUCUUCACCUUCAUCGCCGGCAUCGUGCUCGCGGCCAAGCUCAAGGCGGUCGAUUGUGGCGGUGACCUAUCGCGGCGCCACAGCAGCUGGAUCGGCUUCGGCAGCUCCAACGACGAGAAGCGCUGCCGCGAGAUCCAGGCCAGCACCGCCUUUUUCUGGUUCCUGGCCGCCACCCUGGCCGUGUCGCUGGCCAUGUCGGUCAUGGGGGGCAUGGGGCGCCGCAUUGGCGGCUCGUCCGGCGGCUCCAGCGCGCCGCACAUGUCGCAGGUGCGCGUGUAA